ACACACACACACACAUUAACACACACAUAAGAGGAGAGGGGGGUUAGCCAAGCCUCUUUAUCUCUUUCAUGCUUGCACACCCUCAAACACCCGCAGGCUCUACCUCUCUCCCUCUCUCCCUCCCUCCCCCUCUCUCUCUCUCCACCUCUCUCUCUCUCUCUCUCACACACACACACACACACACACACACACACACAUAGAGUCGGUAGUUGCAGCAGCAGCGAGCAGAGGAAGCCAGGGCGAGCGAGCCUCCGCCACGAUCACAGAGAGCGGCUCAUCGCGUAUAGCCGAGCCGUCAUGAGCCGGUCACCGGGAGUCGGCAGCACCGGGGAGGAGGAGGAGGCUGGGUAGGAGGGAGAGAGGAGGAGAGAAAGAGAGAGAACGGCUUUUGUUGUAAUUAAAUGUCUCUCGCUCUCUGUCUGUAUCAUGCUGUACUUCCAGCUGGUGAUCAUGGCCGGGACCGUCAUGCUGGCCUACUACUUCGAGUACACCGACACCUUCAGCGUGCACGUGCAGGGCUUUUUCUGCUACGACACGGCGUACACCAAGCCCUACCUGGGACCGGAGGACAGCAGCGCCGUCCCGCCCGUCCUGCUGUACGCCCUGGUGGCCGGGCUGCCCACGCUGCUGAUCACAGUAACGGAGACGGUGCUGUUCCUGGUCCAGUACACGUCCAAAGAGUUCGACCGCUCAGAGAAAACGGUGGCCACGGGGGACUGCUGUUACCUCAACCCGCUGGUGCGCAGGACCUUCCGCUUCCUCGGAGUCUACACCUUCGGCCUCUUCACCGUUGACAUCUUUGUCAAUGCGGGCCAGGUAGUGACAGGAAACCUGGCGCCCUACUUCCUGACGGUCUGUAAGCCCAACUACACGGCACUGGGCUGCCAGCAGGCCCUGCGCUACAUCAGCCACCAGGAGGCCUGCACAGGGAACCAGGACGACAUCCUGCGUGCCCGCAAGACCUUCCCAUCCAAGGAGGCCGCCCUCAGUGUCUACGCUGCACUCUACCUGGCUAUGUACGUGACGUGCACGGUGCAGGCGAAAGGCACCCGUCUGGCCAAGCCGGUGCUGUCUCUCGGGCUCAUGUGUCUGGCCUUCCUCACCGGUCUGAACCGCGUGGCUGAAUACCGCAACCACUGGUCGGACGUCAUCGCCGGCUUCAUCAUCGGCACCGCCAUCGCCGCUUUCCUGGUGGUGUGUGUGGUCCAUAACUUCAAAGGCAAGUUACUGCUGAGCGAGGACUCACCAGAGGAGCGGUCCAACACAGCCAUGCUGAACAUGGGCCGGAUGGAGAGUCCUCUGGAGAAGUACAUCGCCUCACAGAAUCACAUCGCCUUCGCUGAGGUCACAUGACGUGGAGUCGGCCGUCUGGCAGACCCAUUGGACGUCCACGCUCUGCACUGUCCAAUCCAAUUAACCGGAGCGCAGCGCUAAACCCGCUCUGUGUGUGUGUCUGGUCUGCUGGUAUGUUGUUCGAUGUUGUCUUUAUCAGGCCCCUGUUGUCAUUUGCAGCUUCUCGUAUUCAAGGAAAAAAAGAGAAGAAGGAAGAGUCAGUGACCCAGACGAGAACAGGUUCCUUCUGCUUUCUCCAUCUAUGCACUUCUUCUGAAUCCUUGUUUGACUUUGGCCUCUCAACUAAAGCGUGUUGUGAUGCAAACCGGAGCAGACUGGUCUAAACAUUGUGGGACACUAGAAGAACAAGUGAAGAACUGGAUGGCACCAUCUCAACUCUGCCAAGGUCAAAUAUGUUGUCAUGGUGUGAUUAUGGAAAAAAGCAAUGUUCCGUUAAGAUGGCUGUAAGUCUUUAACAGAGAAAUACGUUUCUCUAUGUUGCUAAAGUUGAGUUUUUACUGUCCUCACAUCACCUUCAUGACAUUCAGAGGACCGCUGUGAAUAUCAGAAUAUGACAUUGACUGCUGGACCCGUAUUUAUCAAACUGAUUAAUGUGAACUUUUGGACUCACGCAUAAGAAUGAAAGCCAUCUAUUAAAUGCCAUUUGACUAUAAAUACCCUUCAAUUUAUGAGAGCUCCAGACUGAAGCAGUAGCUAUAAUAGUAGUAGAUGAUGAGGUCCACCCAGCGAGAUCUUGGGUUGAAUCGUACUUUAACUGGUGGAAGCAAAGCAAGUGCCCGCAUUGAUCAUCAGAUGCAUUUGACACUUUGUCCCGCGCUCUCACGCCACGCAUUCUAUUUCUAAAUCAGAGAAAAACAAAUGUACUACUGAUAACUUAACUUAUGAUAACAUGCAUGCUCUAUUUUGCAUUUUAUUGUUUAGAAUAAAGAGCCUACAAAUAUAAAACUGGAAAUGAUAUGACAACAGGAUCAAAAACUUAGAUGGAGGAUACUUGAACCCGCAACAAGCUGCUGCCUGUCCUGAUGGAGUUGAACACGGAGCGAGACGGUUUAAGUGAUUCACAACUCUUCGUGGAUCUGUGUGAACUUUAUUCAGUCAAUAAACUCUGUCGGAUAAUUGUUCAAAACCACGUGUUUGAUUUGCACAUAGCACGGUCGGGGCUGUGUGGUUAUUUUACAACAGUCUGAUGCUGGUUGCACAUUAUGUAAGCAGUGCAUCUGCAGUGUGUAAUUGUGACAUCAUCGCUCCAGCUAGAGACUGCAAGGAACGAAUAGAAUAAAGUCAUUGCUGCUCUCACAACAAUUGACUUGAUUACACAUAUGACCAAACUAAUUCAUGUUUCUGUUCGUGCAGCUAUAACCGCGUGUGUCAUCUCAGGAAUCCAUUUCAUCAAACAGAAAUUGGUUGUUUUCAUAUUUGGCCUGUUUCAAUCUUUUAAGUGCACUCAGGCUAAGCAUCAUUUUCGGCUAUGAUGCCUGGAGGUUGGCAAAUAUAUAUUGAUCAGCCAUACUUUAUUCAUCAUUGACGUGGCUUUUCAUCUAUUAAUGCUCUCAAAUUGUGAAUUUGGCUGCUUAACUUUUACAACACCAUUCUCGAGGGUUUAGGGGUUAUGACCUCUGACCCAUGCGGUGGAUGAUGUCACAGAAGGCCGACUGAUAAAAUGACUUCACCGAUACAGAAUCUCCCUCCAAACUGGAUUAAAACUCCACUUGAGAAGCACGGUUUGCAGUCGGUCAUGAGACGGGAAGUUACGUCUUUUCAGCAGUUUUCAGAAUACUUUUGGUCUCGUUAGCGACUGAGCUAGCUCGCUAAUUUGUUGGAGAAUGCUUGUUGUUCAGACUGCAACACGGAGUCAUUCACAUCACUGUUGUUUCAUACUUGUACGAUUUGGACUAUGUUAACAUGUUUUUUGUUUUUUUAACCAGCCAACCAACUAAUUAAGUAGACUAAUGAGGACAGACACAGAUCUAUACAUGCUAGUGUAAAACUGCUGUGGUGAUGCACUUUUGGAGGAGCUUUGUCAAGUGUGAGAAAACAACUCUGAAGAACUUGUUUUGCAAAGUCAGGUUGUAAAGAAAGACUUGGACGGCGAGGAUCUUUUGCAAUGUGUCUCUUGCCAGUCUGGAAGUGCAAUACUUUAUAUCAACAGGCCGAUCCUAAGUCCCGCCCCCGGAUGUUACUGCUGCUAUGUCGGACGAGCUUGACAAAAAGAAACAUGUUGUGUGUAUGAGAUAGUUUCUGGAUAGCUUCAAGAAGCUGACAGCGAGGACUACAGUAUGCAUUAUGUUCAUAAUGUAAUGUGAUUAACAUAGCAGCUUCACACAGACAUAGCAUGACAGGAUGAGAGAUGACCCAUGGUUCCACCAGGUUCCAAGCCUGCUCGAUUGGUAUUGGAGCACUGAGUGGGGCGGGACUUAGUGGGGCGGGACUUAGGAAAGGUCAAAUGCAUACAACUUAAAACAUGAUUCUUGGAACUUUGAUAAAUAUGGGCUCAGGUCAAAGUAGCAAAUUAGGAAAACUGCAAAACUUUGUCUUUGUAUUCAUGUGUCAUUUACGCUCCUGACAUCUCUAUGAGGGUUUAGGGUGUGUGCACAAGAGUGUAUAUGUGUGUGUAUGUGUGUGUGCAGUCAACUCCACACUAUACACUCUUUAUUCUAACAAAAACGUCAAGCCGCAUCAGACAAUCACCGCCUCCCUCUCUUUCCUUUUUAUCUUCUUCUUGUCGUUAAGAACAGGUCGUGGGUGAGUGGAUGCAGGUCUAGCAAUCCAACAGUGCACAUGAGGAAUGGACUUGGUGAAAAGAGCACGCAGUCUCUGCAACCCACUGUCAAACCAAUGCUGUUUGCUUUCUUUGAUUCAUGUGAAAGCUAAAAAAUACAAAGGUCAGCCUGACUCACAGGCCAAAACUGAGAUUUUUUAUGGUAUGCAUUUAUUAGACGUACAUAGUUCUCCUCUCGUCUCACUUCUGAUGGUUACAGUGAUGUAAGAAAAUCUACUGUCUUGUCUCGGAGAAAAGAUUUCUUCAUGGCCCGUGUCUUCGGUAUCAAACGGAGGCGGAGACAUGCUGGGCUGGCCUCACGCUGCAGGGAGGCCGUCGCUGUAGUUCCAUCUCACAGCCAAUCAGGACAUGAAAGUCUUUGAUCAUCGACUUGGCUACAAGUCUUGUUGUUGCACUAUUUGUUCCUCUAAAAUUUGUAGUGUACUUCAUUAAACACGAGCGGAGAAGUUUACAGCAAUCUGGUCCACUUUCUUGGUUACAUUUAAUCAUCAAUUACUAUCCCUCAUACAGAUAUAAUGCUGAUUGUUUUAAUGUAUACAUGUUUUGUAUUAUUGAGUCAUGUUCUUAUUAUAUUAGUUGUCUUUUUGAAGGCCUGAACCUAUUACUGUCUGGAGUGACUUUUACAACUUCACACAAAACACCUGGGCAUGAAACAGUCACAUUUAAUGGAACGUGUUAAUAUUUGAGUAAAUGUUCUUGUUUAUGGUCUUCCUCAGAUUCACGAGACGUUUUAUUUCAGUUUUAUCUCUGUGUGUACAGCACAGGAUGAAGUUAGCCUAGCUUAGCACAAAGGCUUAAAGCAGAGGGAUCAGAAUUAUGAUUUCUCUUUUUUAAAUAUUGUCCGUAGUCACAUCGCCCACAUGUUUUUAGUAUGUUCAGUACAAGAUGUAAGGAUAUGUAAUAGAGCUUUAGAUUGGUUUGAAUUAGUACUUUUCCCUCUUAUGAUGUAGCUGUCUCUGUACUGGACACACAGCGAUGCUAUCAACAUUCAUGUUGUUCUGGGUAACUCAACAAACACAUUGCAAUAAUGUGAAAAAUGAGAAGCUAUGACUAUUCACAUUGGACUCGCUAACAGUUAACAUUUGACAGAUGACCUGCAUUAAUUCAUAUUUUUGGCCAGAAAUCCCAGUUUGUGAAAAUUGUGCUCUACGUUCACAAUGUCACAGUUAACUAUACACAGUUAUAGAUAUAGAUAUAGAUAUAUUGGUGGAGCUUAAAGGAGAGAGAAUGUCUGAAUAUGGUGUUGGUUUUCUUUUCUGCCCCCUAGUGGCCAAAAAUGGACGAGUGCAGCUUUAACUUGUUCAUCAAUUGAUAGAUUUACUGUUCAUUAACUGACUGACUGUUUUAAGCAGUGACUAACACCAAUGCUGGUGACUGUACUGUAUAUUGUAUAUUUGCAUUGUAUCAGAGUCCCGUCCCUCGUUUGUGUCAUUCUUCUUUGUAGCAAUAACAUGUCAGGCUUUCUUUCCCAUCAGGAGGCAGGAUAGGAACGCAUCGAAGCUAUAAUUCUGUUGCCCCUUCAAAUGUCUAUUUUUGUAAGAAUCACUGAAGCACUUAUGAAUAAGGACUCCAGAGAGGAACAUGCAAGAAGCAGCACUUUGAAUCAAGCUGUAACUCAUUGCUAAUGAUAGGGCCACUCAUCUCGCUGCUGCUUGAACACAAACAUUACGCAGAAUAUUCAGGACUCUAAAACAAUGACAUCGGCUCAUAUGUGCACCGCAAGAGCUACUACAGUUAAAAAGAGAACA